CUUGGAUCCUCCCCACGGUACCCUUACUCUCCUGCGGUGUAGGAAGGCAGCAUUUUUAGAAAAAAAGGGGCGGCAGCCGUUGGCGCUGAUGCAGGUGAAGAGCCCCGGCGUGCUGGCAGGAGGCCUCCCUGGUCCGGUUAGCGCGGGAGUUCCUGUUUGCAGAUGUCUGCACUCCAGUGGCUUUGUGCAUGAGAGUGCUUUGCUUGGGGCAUCGGAGAAAUGUGUGCUAUUGUGUAGGUGGCGGAAUUAUUUCUUUACCACAGUGAGGGUUCACGUGGAGGUAAGCGUGCUUGUGGGGUAAAAGAAGCUGUAUGCUAUUAAACUCUAAGUUAGUGAUAUGAUGGAACUCUUCUCUUUUCUAUGAAGUGCUGCCAUUGUCUUUAGAAAUUUGGUGACAGGUUAAACCAAAUGAUAAAGUUUUGUAAUGUAUAAUCCACUUAAAAAUACAUGGCAGAAGCUCACAUUUUAACACCUAUGAAAUAGAACUUGGGUAAGUUGAGCAGAGCUAUUUAUUUUCAGGGUGAAUUAAUCGAAGCGCCCGUGAGACUGGCAUCCUCCUUUCUGGUGACAUCCUGAAGGAGCUGGACGAGUGCUACGAGAAGUUCCGGCGGGAAGCGGACGGCGCGCAGAGGAGGCGGGUGCUGCACUGCAUCCAGAGGGCCCUGAUCCGCAGCCAGGAGCUGGGCGACGAGAAGAUCCAGAUCGUCAGCCAGAUGGUGGAGCUGGUGGAGAACCGCGCCAGGCAGGUGGACAGCCACGUGGAGCUCUUGGAGGCGCAUCAGGAGGUCGGCGACCCCACUGGCCACAGCAGAGCUGGCCAGGAUAAGUCCAAAAAUGAGACAGUCACGCAGGCGGAAAAGCCCAACAACAAGCGGUCCCGGCGGCAGCGCAACAACGAGAAUCGGGAAAACGCAGCCAGUAAUCACGACCACGAUGACAUCACCUCCGGGACGCCUAAGGAGAAGAAGGCCAAGGCCUCCAAGAAGAAGAAGCGCUCCAAGGCCAAAGCCGAGAGGGAGGCGUCCCCUGCAGACCUUCCCAUUGACCCGAACGAGCCCACGUACUGUCUGUGCAAUCAGGUCUCCUAUGGAGAGAUGAUCGGCUGUGACAACGACGAGUGCCCCAUCGAGUGGUUCCACUUCUCCUGCGUGGGGCUCAACCAUAAACCCAAGGGCAAGUGGUACUGCCCCAAGUGUCGAGGGGAGAACGAGAAGACCAUGGACAAGGCCCUGGAGAAGUCCAAAAAGGAGCGGGCCUACAGCAGGUAGUGGCAGGCCUGGCGGGGUGGGGCAAGCGGGGCGAGGCCAGGUACUUACAGCAUCGCCACCUGGACCUGGACGGGCGUAGGGACCGCACGUGGAGACUGUUAAAGACUGUCCUCUCAGAGAGACGACCGGCAUUCUCUGCUUUUCCGUCACUGCACAUGUGUAACAGGAGCGUGGUCUGUGGGUCAGCAUUUCAGAAACUGCAAAUAUAGGUUUCAGUUAAACACUCAAGUGAGUCUCUGAUUUUUUUGUUGUUGUCGUUGGGGUGUGGAUGACUUGGAAGCCACGCAACACAUUCAGUCGGGAAAGAAGAGAUUUCAUUUAGCUACUGUUUUAUUUUAAUAAAGAUGUUAUUACUUCGUGAAAAAAAUUUUUAAAAAUUAUCCAAGUUGCUAAAAAUAUAGCCCAUAGCAAAUUUGCUUCUUGCUAUAAUAGUGUAUAUCCGUGUAACAAUUCAAUAGCAAGGUUUAAAAUUUGAAAAUUAUUUUUAAAAAGCUAAAUGGUUACAUUUUACAUGACAAAACAUUUUAUAUAUUGGCCCGUUCCCCAAAUGGCCAUUUUUAAAUGAUUGGGUACAUUUUUUAUUAAGCCAAACAGGGGUGCUGCAGUCACAGAGAUUCGGAUCCCGCCCUUACUGUCACAGAUGCUAGUGUAGCUGUCUUUAACCUACAUAAGGUGUGCAGAUGUUUGCAAGUGAACUUGCUGUUUUAUAAUCAGACGUGCAGCCAGAUGCCAUUGUGUGCAUGAGAGCUAUGCAGACGUGACAUCAAGAAGUAAAUGCAACUUGGCCAGUUUGUUCAUCUACCAGUAGAUUUAAUCUUAACAUGAGUAAGUGUUAAAUUUUUGUCUUAAAAAUGUGUACACCAGCAGUUUAGACAAAGCCUUAAGCAAAUUUCGUAUCAUUGUUCUCAAUAAAGAAAUAGAAGUUAUCUAAUUGCCAGCAAAAAAUAAGUGUUAAAGCAGAGUGUAUGUCUAAACCAGGGGUGGAAAAUUACUGCCCACAGACCAAAUGCAGCCCACCACCUGCUUUUGUACAGCAUGUCAGCCAAGAAUGAUCUUAACAUUGUUAAGUGGUUAAAAGAAAAAAGUCAUAAUCCUAUUUCGUGACAUAUGAAAAUUAUAUGAAAUUCAAGUUUUAACGUCCACAAAUAAAGUUUAUUGGCACAGCCAGGCUCAUUCGCUAACGCAUUGUGUGUGGCCGCUUUUGUGCAGCGUUAGAGUCGAGUGGCUGGACAGACACCAGACGGCCCACAAGGCUGAAAGUAUUUAUUUUCUGGCCUAAUCGAAGACCUGUGCUGACCUCCGAUUUAGACCAACUUUCUCAUGAUAAUCAGUAUCUUUAACUGCCACGUAUUGAAAGGGUCAAUGGAAUUUUUAUUUCUAAGCAAUGUAUGGUUCACUUCAACCCUGUAUUGGAGAGAAUAGUUUCUCUCCAUAGUCUAAGUCUCUGAAGCUACCACAAGGAAGAAUCGAGGAACCACUGUAGCACCUGAGGAUGUGCGUGGCAGGGUUUAUUACACAUAAAACCAUGCAUUUUCUGAUUGUUGACUUCAUUCGGUAAACAAUUAUUGAGAGACUUCCCUGGUGGCACAGCAGUUAAGAAUCCACCUGCCAAGGCAGGGGACACGGGUUCAAUCCCUGGUCCGGGAAGAUCCCACAUGCUGCGGAGCAGCUAAGCCCGUGUGCCACAACUACUGAGACUGCAUGCCACAACUACCAAAGCCCUCAAGCCUAGAGCCUGUGCUCCACAGCAAGAGAAGCCACCGCAAUGAGAAGCCCAUGCAUCGUAACGAAGACCCAAAGCAGCCAAAAAAUAAAUAAAAAGGGAAAUGACUUUAAAAACAAACAAUUAGAACUUUUUUUGUGCCAGACAUAAAUCCCUAACUUUUACAUUGAAUUUCCAGUACAGCGGGCUCUUGGGUAGAGAAAUGCACACUGUAGUUGAUUGUAGAUUAAAACUAAAAUGUGAGCUCUUUGCAUAUCAAUACCUACAAAUAGGCAGUUGCUUUCCAGAACUCCCAGACAUUUAAGAAUCUUAAGCGUUUAAAUUUGAUAAGCUUUAACUAGACAAAUAAAAGUUAUGACGUUUACUAGAUGAAAAUUGUUAACUAAGAUGGUUGGUAACAAUCCAAUGGCAAGAAAAGUAGUUUAAAGGAAUCUUUGCUUAUAUAAAUUAAUUAUAUGUAAAGCAAUUCUCUUUGCUAGUUUUCCAUUUCUAUUUUGAGUAGAGCUAAUAAUGAAAGUUAAGUUAUGGAAGUGAAAAUUGGGUAGAAUAUAUUUGCUAGUCCUGGAUUUCUCCCCACUUGUUCAGUUUCGGAGUAGAUGGCUCUGUGGAGAGAGCCAGGCACGGGGGCCCAGCCGUGCUGUGUCCAGAGCCCGUCUUUGUCCCCUGAGGGCUUAGGGCCCCAGAUUCAGAGGCACUGCAGGGCUGGCCAGCCUGCGCGGAGCUGUGCUCGCGGAGCUGUGCUCGCGGAGCUG